AUGGGAUCGAUGGACCCCUACAGCAUGUUCCGGCCCAAGCGCUACGCGGGCACCAGGGAGGACCCGAACCUCGUGCCCUCCAUCACCAACAGGCGCAUCGUGGGCUGCGUCUGUGAGGAGGACAACAGCUACGUGGUUUGGUUCUGGCUGCACAAGGGCGAGGCCCAGCGCUGCCCCUCCUGUGGCGCCCACUACAAACUGAUCCCGCACGAGCUGCCCCACUGAGGGACCCCGCCCCAAAAACCGAUCCCCAUGAGGGACCCCGCCCCACAAACGGAUCCCCACGAGGGACCCCGCCCCAAAAACGGAUCCCCACGAGGGACCCCGCCCCACAAACGGAUCCCCACGAGGGACCCCGCCCCACAAACAGAUCCCCACGAGGGACCCCGCCCCAAAAACCGAUCCCCAUGAGGGACCCCGCCCCAAAAACCGAUCCCCACGAGGGACCCCCCCCACCAUCUGAUCCCUGCUGAGGGGCAGGGGUCCCCUCCCGGGGUCCCCCUAUAAAGAGUUUGUGUGGA